AAAAAUUAAUUUGAAAUCACAAACUAAAAAAAAUAUGGGCACUUACAUAUACCGAAGUUUUAUAUUAAAUCUUGUAAUUUGUAGUAUUCUUCCCUUUGCUAAUUUUAGGUACUUUUUUUAAUAAUAGCGAUCGUAGGCUCGUAGCACCAAAUCUACGGUUACCUUACAUUAGAACUAGUACUGGUACUGUUACCUUACUAACUAGUACCUGCAAAAAAGUUUUGGAGGUACGUUUCGCUUCCUGGACUGCGUAAGCGGUAAUCAUAUUCCAUUAAUUUCUUUAAUCUGCUGCUCUGCAGUUCCUAAACUCAUAAAAACGUAAGUGCUUCGUGACUUAUCUCACCAUCAACUGAGGGCGACAUGGAUCUUAAUAUUGCACGGGCUUUGAAAACAUGGCGCUCCUAUAAUUUCAUUAUUGUUUCGAUGUUAUUGCUAUUUGUGACCACGAGGGCGUAUGGAACUGAUGACAAUGAGGAUCAUUCCGACAAACGUUGCAAAUGUAUUUGUCCCCGUAUCAACGGCACAGGACGUGCUGUUUAUAUCAGGAACGUAAACCCUGAACAAUGUAACUGUGACCACGUUGUCCUGCCCAAUGUGACCAGUAUGGCGGACGGACAGAAAGUCACCGCGGGUGAAUUCUGUGCGAAGUGCCAGUGUAAACACCAGAACAGGAAUUCUUUAACAAUAAAGAUUGUUGUCAUUGCGUUUAUUGUGAUUACGGGAAUACUCAUGGUUUACAUGGUAUAUUUACUGCUGGAAGCCAGAUUUUUCAAGCCCACCAAAGCCGUCGUGGAGGACACUUCCGUUCCCUACGAGCAGCAUCUCGACGACGAGGUAAAGCAGCUGCUCUCCGAUUCUGAGGGUUAUGGACGGAACGGUGGUGAACGUCGGAGAACCUUGUCAAUAACUGGACGUUUGAGCGAUCAGAUGGCACGCUGGAAACGAGCAGUAACGCAGCAAAGAGGAAAUGUUUAUAUACGUCGGACAGUUUUGAACAACUAAUUCAUAAAUCGACCUAGUCUGAUCGUUUGAUUUUUCUAGCACAAUGUUGUAUGAUUGUAAUUAACAAGGAAGACCCUUGGUUUUGAGUGAUCUGUAAUUUAUUUUUUUUUAUUUUCUGUAUAUACGCGCGCGAAAAAAAGCAUGAUGGACGCUCAAA